AUGACAUUUUCAUUGGCACCUUUCGUAAUCACCUUCGUGGUCGUCUCUAUCCUGGUCUCCCAAAAGAUAUUUCCCUAUCUGGCCCGUGUCCAAAAUUCUCGCGAUGGCGAAGACCAUUUCCUCCCUUCCGAUGCGCCCCCAUCACUCCAGCAAGCGCAUGCCGAGCAUGGCUCUAAAUCUCUACGAAGGCGAAUAGCGGAAGCCGCUUUUUCUACGACGGUUGGGUUAGCGGUUGUAUUGGGCGAGUUGAUUUUAUGCGAGAUCUCUGAAUUAAUCAACCCUUAUGCCCGAGCGCUGGCUCUGCGAGUCACUGUUCCCACUCUCUUGUUCCUCCUCGUCGUACUCAUACCAUUCCUCGAACUUCAGUCUCUUGUAGCUGGAUCGGGAUGGUCGUUUCAACGCACUUCCAAAGGUCGAAUACCUCGGGCUGCUUGGAUGCUUCAAUUUGUUAUGUUUAGUGUCUGGCUAUGCGCGUUCUGGUCGUUAGGAAAUCUCGUACCGGUAGGAAGUGAGGCAGUGAGCCCGAGCGCUAAGAUGGAGAAGGCCCGGGCCGAGCCCGCGUUUUCUGGCAGUCUAGCACGUGCCUGUCUCGAGCGAAUUGGGGUCAUCGGUAUUUCACUUAUGGCUUUAUUGUCUGGAUUCGCCUCGGUUUCUUCACCGUGGCACACAUUUGGCAACCGUGGAAGACGCCCCGUGACAGACGCCGAUGUCUCUCGUAAACAAGCGGGUCUUGAUGCUACGAAUGAGAUGCUCAUAACUAAACGACACCGCUUGCAGAGCCUAUUGCGCAAGGCAGCUGAGAACCCAUCGGCUGAGAAGCGUGGGUUUGUCACUAAGGUCAUCGGUUCUAUCCGCGGAGGCGGUGAUGCAGCAGAGAUCCGCACACUACGUCUCGAGAUCGCGGGCUUGGAAGCUAUGGAAGCAAAUCUAUCGUCCUCUCUCUCUAUGCUUCGCUCUCGACAGGCCAAUUCGGCUCGUGCUGCAACUUUCUCGGGGAAAUUACUUUCGAUACCUACUUAUGUAUUCAGCGUAUACUGCGUUUAUCGUAUCAUAGCGACUACCCUGACUACUCUGCGGCGGUUGUAUUAUCCCACCGCCUCGUUUUCCUCCUCAGAUCCCAUUAAUCGAUUCCUGGGCCUCUUAGCGAAACAUUGGGACCCGAAGCUUGAUCAGAUUGCUUGGGCUAGACAGAUAUCAUUCUUACUAUCCGGCGUCAUCCUCGCCGCGAGCGCCAACAGCGCGCUUCAAACAUUCCAUCUCUUUGCCAAGUGGACUCCUGGACUCUUAUACCAGGCUCAAGCCAAUUUAGCUCUAUUGAUUGGGCAGAUCAGCGCUAUAUACGUGAUCUCUGCCGCUCUACUCUUACGAAGUAAUCUUCCCAAGGAGGUAGGCAGCGCCGUCGGUGACGCGCUUGAAAGUGCCUUAGAGCCGGGUUUCGUGGACAGAUGGUUUGAGGGCUGGUUCCUUCUAGCAAGCGUAGCGACGGCCGGGGGAAUCUGGCUAGGUGGAAAGAUUGGCGAAUGGAGUGAGGAAUGGGAUGAUAUCGGCAUGGAAGAGAUGGGCCAGAAACAAUCAUAA